AUGAGGGUAAUCGCUGUUAAAAUAGCCGAUUGGAAUCCUAAUGAUGAACUCUUUAAUGCACUCCUGUCAACACUCGAUCUGGCUUCAAUAGAGCGUACGAAAGCUUACAGGUUUAGAGACGAUGCAAAGAGGAGUAUCAUUGGUAGACUCCUCCCGAGGUACAUCCUUACAAAACACUUCAACGUUGAUUGGAAAUCAAUUGAAUUUGGCGCAACACCAGAGAAUAGACCUUUCUAUACGUCACCAGAAAAUAUCCCAGUAUCAGAUUAUAACGUCUCACAUGAUGGUGAUUAUGUUUUGAUCGGGUAUACGUGCUCUCCUAAUUCACGCAUCGGUGUUGACAUUACAAGACUAGCUUUACCAAGAAACACAACUCAUGAGGAAUUCUAUGAAGCAUUUGAGACACAAAUGCAUAAAAGCGAAAGCGUGAACCUCAACGCUAUGCCUGAUCACGAAUCAAAACUUAGAAGGUUGUUAUCCUUAUGGACACUGAAAGAAGCAUACACGAAGGCACUAGGUUUCGGUUUAGGGUUUGAUUUCAGUCGAGUAGCAUAUGAAUUCCCUUACGAUAAUUCAAAUGCAAGCUCUGAACAGAAAGUAGAAGUUGCCUCUGCACGCAUAUCUGGACUGAAAGUUGAUGAUAGAGUUUUACAUUUGGGAUAUGUUACAGAAGGUGUUCUCAACAGAUGGGACUUCUAUCAAGGUCAACUAGAUGGCCAUUUGAUUGCAGUUUCACUCAGAGAUGGUAGUCGAGAACAAUAUGAGCAUCAUUCACAAACUGAUUGGCUUGAUAUACUAAAAGUCGAUGAUCUAGUUAAAGAUGUAUUAUCUAUAAAUAAAAUAUAAGUUACUCCCAUUGUACAUAAGCUAAUUCCUCUAUCCAUUGUUCCCUCGCUUCUUUACUCUGACUACCUGACUCUAAACAGCAAUCAUUUUCACAAACGAACAACAUAAUCGUUCCCCAUUCCAUAUCUGCCUUUGUUGAGCCUUUGGAUUUACCAGCUAAAGCCUCUUCAAGUUCCUUCUUACGUUCCUCUUCACUGAGGUUGUUGUUCUGUGUUGUAUUGUUACAUAAGUUGAUAAUGUUUGGUGUAAUUUGACAUUCAAAUACACGUUUGCUACCACAGGUUUCACAUCUUGGUAAUUUUGCAGUAUCGUAAUUAGCUACGCUUGCUUCGUUCGCACCACCGAAGAGUUUCUUAUAAACACCAUCCUUGUUAGUAUAAGCAAGUGGUGUACCUCCUAACUCAUAACGUAUACACUGUUGAGGUUCGUAAUUUACGUGUUUGAUGAAAUGCUCAAAUGCCUCAUCCAUGCCAUUACCCAUGCUCUUUUCGAACUCUUCAAGCUCAGAAUUACCACCCGCACCUUGAAGUGUUUGUUUUACAUCUUCUAUUUUUACUUUACUAUCUUUUGAUGGCUUUGGAAUGACUUCCGGUGUGGUUGCGAUAUAUUGAGUAGCAUAACUUGGUUGUUCUGGCCAGUAUUGUUUAGUUGGUGCUACACCACCAUCUGAUAUCUCUAAUUUAGCUAAUUCUGCUUCUAAUCCUUCAUCUUCGUCUUCGCUGCUUUCCUCGCUAUCAGAUUCUAUUAUCUUCUUAAACCGAGGUUGUUCUUCUUCACUUUCACUGUCUGAAUCAUCUGCACCAAAAGCACCUGUAGUUUGACUAAAUGGAUUGCUUUUACCGGUGAAUGGGUUAGUUGUUGCUUGCUCUUUAGCUUUUUUGUCUUCCUCAGCUUGCUUUU